GACGACGACGACGGCAACCGGACAUUUCAAUAACAAUUACAAUGGCCUUGAAUGUUGCAGCCUUGACCUUACAUUUGAAUCAAUUAGAAUAUAAAUCCGGAACUGAUUGCACAACUGAAGAUCGUCGAGCCGUCAUCGUCCAGGGUGGUAAAUAAAUAGAGAGAGCCGAGGAGUAUGGGACACAUUAUGGGCCAAAACAAAUGCAUGCGUCUUAUUUGAUGAUAACCAUUAUCUGCAAUCUGCUAUUACAUAAAAUAAAAUGAAUCCUUCCCAAGAAGGGUGGCUGGAAAAAGUUGGGUCAUUCGUUCGUACUAAAUAUUAAAUAUUACUGCUGCUGAUGCUAAUACUGCUUGGGUUGAGAUGCAGAACUUUAACUUCCUCUUGCUUGGUAAAUAAUGAAGGAAAUGUUUGUUUGGACGAUGAACUUAUUUGAUGCAACUCUUACAAAAUAUGGUCAUCCACACACAAAAUUGGGGCAUAAAUUGAUGAAAAGGAUGGGACAGGAUUUCUUCUUCCUUAUUAUUAACCUAAACUCUCCAGUUGCAUUAAUUCAGUGCGCAAUCUGCUGAACAGAUUCAUCGAUUUAUGCAUUAAUUUUCUUCCGCAUCAAGCUAAAGUUGAAAUUUCGGGUGAAAAUGGAAUCGAAAUCAUUUCUCGUUGCAUUGACCAUUUUGAUGGUGCUGAAGGAUAAAGUAUCGUCGGGUGAAGUGAUUGAGGUUCGAAGCAUGCAAGAAUGGGAUCGUCGCAUCAUCCGGAAUAAUAACGGAACGCUAAGCGUCGUUCAGUUCUCUGUCCCAUGGUGCGGAUAUUGCAGAUACAUGAAACCAGAAUUUGUUAAACUUGCUGCCCGGCAUCAAGAUGUAAUUUUCCUGAAUGUGGACGCCGAUCAACAACAGAAUUUAGCAUGGAGGAUGGGCAUUAGAUCUGUCCCCACGUAUAAAUAUUUUAAAAAUGGUCGAAAUGUAGACUCGAUUACAACCUGGCGACCAUCCGUUAUCAAUGACCUCAUUAAUCGAUUGAAAAAUUGAUGCAAGUCGAUUGAUCAUUGCUAAAUGUUGUCCCGAAACUACGUUACACUAUUUAUGCUAUAUAUUUAUGUUACACUAGAAGAAUAAAAUGUACCACGCUAUAUUGCGUCGUAUUAUAUUGUA